GGCGGGCUCGAACCGGACCUGCAGCCGCCGGAAUAUGGUUCCCAGCCGCUCGCCACUGCCCCCGGGCGCGGUGUCACGGGGAUGAGGCCGGGGCGGCGCCUGCGCUCGAUUGGGGGAGCGCGGGCUGUGGAGCGGAGCGGAGCGGGCGGCAACAGCGCCAUGACUGCGGCGAUGCGGGAGCGGUUCGACCGCUUCCUACACGAGAAGAACUGCAUGAGCGCCGUGCUUGAGCGGAUCGAGACCAAGACCGGCGUCCCCCGCACCUGUAUCGCCACCGGCAUCCUGGGGGUCGUCGCCGUGUACCUGGUGGUGGGAUACGGCGCAUCCCUGCUCUGCAACAUCAUCGGCUUUGCCUACCCCGCCUACGUCUCAAUCAAGGCCAUUGAAAGUCCCAGCAAAGAUGAUGACACGCAGUGGCUGACUUACUGGGUUGUGUAUGGCAUUUUCAGCAUAGCUGAAUUCUUCUCUGACAUCUUUCUGUCCUGGUUCCCUUUCUACUACAUGCUAAAGUGUGGCUUCCUGCUGUGGUGUAUGGCUCCAAGCCCUUCCAACGGGGCAGAGUUUCUCUACCACCGGAUUAUCCGUCCUUUCUUCCUGAAGCACGAGGCCCAGUUGGACAGUGUUGUACAGGACCUGAAAGACAAGGCUACAGAAACUGCAGACACCAUCACUAAAGAGGCCAAGAAAGCAACAGUGAACUUGCUGGGUGAAGAAAAGAAGAGCACUUAAACUGGAUAAGUCUCCCUGCUGCCUCCUUUGUGCAGCUUGAUGUUACUAGGGACCGUGGUAUACGUUCAAUAAUAUUGCCUUGGAAACAUUUUAAUAUAUUAAAGGAAUGUGCUGUAAGUUUACUUAAUACUUUGCUGUGUCUGAUAGAUAGUAUGCAUUUUUAUUUAAAAGCAAUGCAGGGGGCAGCAUCUGAAGCUUAACGAAAAUAUUUUAGUAAUCUUCAUGCAGGAGAAGUCUUUCAGUAAUCUCUUUCUGCAGUAACAUAAAUAAAAAUUAUAUAUCCUGCAGGCUCUGCACUUUAGUUGUCUCUUUGUCUAUGAAAUUACUCUUAACACUUUGAUUGUGGUGCAUCUGGAAGCACAAAGCUAUUUCUUAGGAAAAAUUCUGAAUGGAUCUUCUUGAAUAUACAGGGAAUUACUGAGAGAUGGCAUAAUGGAUGUAUUCCCCGCCACUAAAGCUGUAAAUUGUGAAAUUACUUGUUCUAGACAUCUGAUUAUAGAGAUUAUUCUCUGUUGCAUGUUUUGUUGUAACACAGUAUUUGGUAAAGUGUGUAUAUUCUUAAAUGGAUAGAUACUAUCUAUAGGAAACAAUAAUUUCCUUGGAGUGAUCAAGCUUAUAUUAGCCUGAAGUGAUUUGCUAGAAAUGGAUGCAUUAAAUCAUACAAGAUUAACACAAAGUGACUGACAUACAACUACUUCUCUGUUCUUGCUAAGACAAGUUGCUAUCCAAAAUUGUUAAUAGAGUGCUUUUUAAGAUCACAGUCAAAAGCACAAGCCACCUUUAGCUAAGGAGUGCUACCAUUACAAACACUUUUUCCUGAAUUUCUUUUAAAAUAUCAACUGCCUUGGAUGUCAGUCCCCAGAACUUCAUUGUUAAGAGGACAGACUACAACUCCCAUGAGCUUUUUCUGUUCAUAAAGAUCUACAGUCUAUUCUGACUAUACUAAGAAGAACUUUGUAUGAGCACUUGAACUUCCUGAGUGGAGAUGCUCUCGUUAUUUAAUAUAUUCCUGACCAAUCAGUAAGAGUGCAACCAAGGUGACUGAGAGAAUAAAGGGAUUUUUUACUAUUGAUGUAAAAAAAAAUUUUUUUCCCUUGGAUCUGCAUCUGUUUUCUUUCACACUGCAGUAUUUUCUACAAAAAGCAAUUACAUUAAUUAAUUAGGCAUGAAUUGCUGAAAUGUCCCUGUUUUCAUCUUUGUGCUGACAUUUCUAUUAUGGCAGUUCUGAGCUCAGAGAACAUGCAGAAAAGAAGCUUAAGCUUUUGAUAGGAUAAAAAAUUAUUUCCAGUCCACACUCUUGAAUUCCAAAAUCUUAAUCUUAAAGUUUUGAAGACUUCUGGCUUUCUGACACAAUUUGUUGUAUAAACAUUCACUGUAAGUUUUCAGAUGCAAGAACUACAAAAGAAUGAAGCGUACAGUGCAACUCAGCAGGUCAGUUUUAACUUGGAGAGCUAUAUUUUAUAAUAGGGGAUGUAAAAAUGUCGUAAGAGAAAGCAUUUUAAGCUUUGAGCUGGAAAACAUAGCACUUGGGGACUGGCAGCUGGGAUAGGGGAACACGAGACCUGUACCUCAUGUUCUGUAGGACAGCAUGCAUUUUGUUAUUUGAAGAAAAAUGUAAAAAGCUAAUCAUUCCUUGACAACUUUUUGUUAGGAGGGGAUAUGCUGAAGAGGAUAAAGUUUACAGCAAAGUUCUAGGUUUUAAGCAAGUAAAAAGUUUGAAGUGUGUCACCAUUUAACUGGUUUAAUUUCUUGUCUUAACUUCUUGUCGUAAGCCCACUGAACUUUCUUGUAAGCCUUACUGAACCUUAGUCCUAUGUUUUAAACUCUUGUCAGCUGUACGUAAAGGACUCAUGUGGCUACUGUAAUUUAGUUUCACUUCUUGAGAUUAGAAGUAACUAUAUAAAAAUAAAUGAGGAUUCUUAAUAGACUGGUUUCAGUGUGAAGCACUGCAUAACUUACUUAUCUAAAAGCUUACAGUAAAUUUUAGACUUUACAAGCCUAAUGAUGUCUGUAGUAGACACAGGACUUAUUUUUCAUUUCUUAGACUACUCAGCAGUUCUUCCACUGUUAUUAAUGGGGAUAAAACAUUCUAGGUAGAUGUUAGGUAAGUGUUAAAACAGUCCCUUGCUUCUCUCUCAGAAUUUGAAAGGCUUUAAAUCACCUUCUUGUCUUUACCAGCUCGAUAUUACCAGCACAUACAAUCAGUACCCUUUUGUCAGAUUUCUACUUGAAUUACAACUACAGUCUGUUCUUUAAAAGAAGUUGCCCUUGGAUUUUUGCCUUGAUGCAGAUUGAAAUCCCUGAAUUUCUGCAGCAAGUUAUCCUUUCCUGCAAGUAAUUCCUCUGGGCUGGCCCCUCAGAUCAGUGCUUUUUUUGUGUGUCUUCGUCACAUUUAUGUGCAAAUCUUGAUACACACAUGUGCUCCAUGGCUUUGCUGAAGUUGUAAUGUGUAAAAAUGGACAGAAAUAAAGAUAUUCUUAUGGGACUGGUA